CACGUCGGUCAGUGCUGAGGUUAUACGAGCUUGCAGACGUGUCGGGAUGUUCGAAAGGUGGAGAUGGAACUUGGCUUUUAUCUACGGAGCUCCAGCAACGUGCGGACUAGUUUCUCACCAUCACAGAAUCAUUAUUAUGUACUCGUUAUAUAUGAUUUUUGGAUUGUAUGAAACAAUACAGUGCCAUGUGGAAUAAGUGACUCGCAGCACUCGAUUAUUUAGGAAAAAAGGAUUAAUUGCAAAAUUUCGUGUCGAAGAGAAGCUGAUCUCAUUAACUUCAUCGUCUUCUAAACUUUACGUUUUAGCAAUGUGAUCUCAUCAAUCUUUUACAUUUGUCAUGCGAUUAUGUGGGCAGAGCAUACAAUGACACCAUUGACUUCGACUAAUGAAACUGCGAGUAGUAUUUCACCCUUUUCUGAUGUCAUCACCUACGUCACGUCGGUAACAAAACCAAAUUUACCAAAUCCUAAACCAACAGUGUCGCUGUCAUUGGAUCCUCGACCGAUCGUUAUUCCGAUUCUGUCUUGCAUCAUCAGUUUUCCUAUAAUCACGUUUGCCAUUAUUUGCGCUCUCAGGUACCGAGCGCAACGUUUACGCAAACGCGAUCGUCUCCGUCGCUUGCAAGCGGGAUAUCGUUCCGUUACCUUGGACAUUCCGAAUCGUGAAAAGCCGUCUCUGUUUUCGAGAGAUUCUUCCUCGGAUCUAAAGGUUCUAGGAGAAAAAUCGGACACGUGUGGGUCACCGGCGUCACCUUUGACCUCUAGGAGAACGUCCAGGAACAAUAGCCAAGUGACUUUUGUGACCGCAGCCGUUAUGCACGUACCGGAACUAUUGAAUCAAAACGGGAGGUUGAAGCGUGGUUCCAAAACUGUGGUCUCGUUUUGGGAAGAACCGGUACAAGGGGAGGACGUACACGAACUGUCCGAAGGAACGAAGCAAAAUAUAUCUAUUUCCAGGUAGCAUUUAUUCUGCGUCGUGCCACCAAGUGCCUCUAAAUUCCGAAAUCCCUCGUUUAAGAAGGACAAUCAAUCGGUGGCAAUAGAAACAAAAUUAUUUUCUAUAAUAAAACCCGUCUGAUCUGAAUUUAAAAAGUCGAAUUUUUUUUUUAAUUUAGAUCACCGAAAAUAAUAUAAAUAUAUCUUUAAAAACAAUAAUUACUACUCGAAACGUCUUCGAAAAAUCAAAAAUUGUGUUUAAAAUUACGCUUUAAAGUGAGAAAAACUGUACAUUUAUAGUAUUUAGAAGUUAAAUCUUGUAGUAUUUUUAAAAUAUAAUUAUAUUUAGAAUUAAAAUGAAGAAACAUUCUGGGACCAUCUCGUUAAUGUUUUGCCACUCGAAAAGACAUUUAUAAAGUUACUAAAAAAGUUGGUUUUUGUCCACGUAUUUUUACAAAACGACAAAAUUUCUGUUCGGAACGUCCCUACUUAAACUGAAAAAUUCAAACAAAUGAAACUGGUGGAUUAUUUCAAUACAAAUUUU